CCAGUCAUCGUAGGAAUGAGCAUCAACAUAGCAAGCAUCGACUCCAUCUCAGAAGUAAACAUGGACUACACCAUCACAAUGUAUUUCCAACAGAGUUGGCGAGAUAAGCGUUUGGCAUAUGGCGAGCUGAACCUAAACCUGACUCUGGACAACCGUGUAGCAGACCAGCUGUGGCUCCCUGACACCUACUUCCUUAAUGACAAGAAGUCCUUUCUUCACGGUGUAACAGUAAAAAACAGAAUGAUCCGCCUGCACCCUGAUGGCACCGUGUUAUACGGGCUGAGAAUAACCACCACUGCUGCUUGCAUGAUGGACUUGAGGAGAUACCCUCUGGAUGAACAGAACUGCACUCUGGAGAUUGAAAGCUACGGAUACACCACAGAUGACAUCAAGUUCUUCUGGCAGGGAGGAGACAGCGCUGUGACGGGUGUGGACAAGUUAGAGUUACCUCAGUUCUCCAUCGUAGACAUCCGCCUGGUGUCCAGGGAGGUCAGGUUUACUACAGGUUCAUAUCCAAGGCUUUCGCUGAGUUUCAGGAUUAAGAGGAACAUUGGAUAUUUCAUCCUGCAGACGUACAUGCCCUCCAUCUUGAUCACCAUCCUCUCCUGGGUCUCCUUCUGGAUCAAUUACGAUGCCUCUGCAGCUCGGGUGGCCCUGGGUGUGACUACGGUGCUCACCAUGACAACUAUUAACACCCACCUUAGGGAGACUCUCCCAAAGAUCCCAUAUGUGAAAGCCAUCGACGUCUACCUCAUGGGAUGUUUCGUGUUCGUAUUUCUGGCCCUGCUCGAAUAUGCCUUUGUAAAUUAUGUGUUCUUUGGCCGGGGCCCUGCGCAGCAGAAGAAACUCAGCGAGCGGCUGGGCAAAGUCAAUAACGAGCGCACGAGAUACGAAGAGAAGCGCCUGAGGGAACAGGACUCCAUUUCGUCGCCGUUUCAAACCAACACCUUCAGCAGGUCAUAUACACAGAGAAGAAAUCUGUAUCUCGAGGAACAAAGAAAAGUUGGGGUGGAUGCGUACGGAAACAUCCUCCUAACCACACUGGAGAUGAACAACGAAGUGAUGCCUUCAGACGUGGGGAGCAGCGUCAGUGACUCUCGGAACUCCGUCAUGUCCUUCGACAGCUCCGGGGUCCAGUUCAGGAAGCCCAUGGCGCCCCGGGAUGGCUUCAGCCACCACUCGCUGGAUCGGAGCGCCAUGCGGAGCCGGGCCAACUGUCGGCUACGGCGACGCUCCUCCAAGCUCAAGUUGAAAAUCCCAAACCUGUCAGAUGUUAGCACCAUUGACAAGUGGUCCCGGGUCAUUUUCCCCAUCACCUUUGGAUUUUUCAACCUAAUCUACUGGUUGUACUAUGUGAAUUGAUGUGCAUCCCACUAGGAAUCAUGGGCCAUAUUUUGAGAGCACAUUAAAUUGGCUUUGAUACAGUUCCUAAAAUAUGUAUACACAUAUACAAGUUGAACAUAUGUAUAUGCAUAUUUCUAUAUAUUAUAUUUAUAUAUACACAUGUGAAACCUGAAGGACCUUUCUGCUGUACAAAGUAUUAAUAGGAUGACUUGAAUGUUUAAGAAUAAUUGUGAGAGAAGAAUUUCAAGGCUUUGAGUUUCUUUUUGCUCCUGAAAGAAACAAACAUACAACAAACAAACGAAACCCCAUCAGGGGCCUUUGGAACUAAAGACUGCAUGAUAUUUUUGCUAAAAAAAAAACAAAGAUAAAAAGAGACAGUGAAAGCUCUUGGGAGAGAAAAGAUGUCUCAGAGUCCCAUCGACUUUUUAUUGAUACUUAUCGUGAUCAAAAAUCCUCUUCUGCAGCUCAUGAAAUCAG